AUGUCAGCAGUGUGGAAGAAGAGAAUACAAAGUAAUAAACUCAACGCUGACCACAGGAGGAUGCUUGGAGCAGGGCAGGUGUUUCAGGCUUCAGCCUGCAUCCAGCAGCAGGCUGCCCCYGGUGCCGCUGCCACCUGCCCGGUGUGCCGAGAGCCCAUCGGGGCCAUCCGCCUGCUGCAGGGGCAGGACAACCGUGCCGGGCCGGCCCCACGUCGCCGCCGUCGCCUCCAUCCCUUCGUGCUGCGGUGGCGGCAGCGGCAGCAGCAGCAGGAGCGGGAGCAGGAGGCUCCUGGAGGUCGCCGGCGCCGCACAAUCCCUGAUGGGGACAGGGCGCCGAGCCCCGUGCCCCGCCAGCGUGCCCGCAGACAGGAGGCGGAGAGGAGCCCGCGCCUCUGCCCCCAGCAGCCGCCCGGCCCGGCAGGGGAUGGAGCCCGGCAGGUCGGUGCCGGCGGAGCUGAAGCUCCGCAAGCCCUCGCAGCGGGCCAGGAUCCCGGCGCCCUUCCUCGCCCAUCCGGUAGGUCGCUGGCUCGGCCCGCGGCCCCCGGCUCGUCCCCUCGGCCGCCGCGCCCCUUCGAGCCCCCCGUGACUCUGUCCGCACAGGACGGGGAGCUUGGGCCGGUGGGKCCCCCCGGGCCCGACCCGGCGGAGGUGGACGCGGAGUCCCUGGURCCCACGCACGACGAGCGGGGCCGGCUCAUCCCCGAGUGGAAGCGGCAAGUGAUGGUGCGGCGGCUGCGGGCYCGACUGGCGGACGACGAGCCGGCGGGAGGGCAGGUACGAGGGGCACGGGGAGCAGAGGGGGCGCGGCCGUCGGGAGUCGCUGACCGCCUCUCUCCGCAGGACGCGACCUCCUGGAGCUUCUCGGCCUCCCACCAGGCCGUGCUGGGCCCCUUCGGGGAGYUGCUGACCGAGGCGGACCUCUAUCAGUUGGAGCGGGCGGUGGAGAGCCUGCGGCUGCGGCGGCGCGGCGAGGUGUACCAGAGCGAGCUGCGGCGCCUGGUGCGGGAGUUACGCGCUCUCCUGCCCGCCCCGCUGCUCAACAUCUCCCUCCGCAGCCCCUCGCCGCCCCCCGGGCUGCCCCUGCCCCAGUGGUGCGGCCGCCUGGCCGUGGCCGUCAACAGCCUGGCCGCGCUGGUGGCUCACGCCGAGGAGCUGCGGGAGCCGCUCGCUGCCGUCACCGCGCCCGCCGCCCCCUCCGCUCUCCCCGCCGCCSCCGGGCAACCCCGGGAGCCUGGGGGCAGCCUGGCGCAGCGGGAGAUCCGCCAGUGCGGAGUGUGCGUCCGCAGCCUGCGCGGCGCCUUCGAGCCCGCCUGGGGGGCGGAGGGGAGCGCUCCCACCGCCGGCGGCGAGGCGGAGGCCGCCAGCGACUCGGGCAUCAGCUGCGAGGAGGCGUUUUCCGACGGCUUCCCGAUGCAGGGACAGGGGCAGGGGCCAGAGUGGGGCAGCUUGAGGAAGGAACGGAUCGUGAUGCUCUUCCUGAGCCACUGGAGACGCUCCGCGUACGCGCCCGUGCUGCCCGCGGCCGGGAACCCUCGGGAAGCAGCGGGCAGCGGGGCGCGGGGGGCGGCGCGCCUGGCGCGGCAGAGAGCGGCCAUCCAGAGGCUGCUCAACAGCUGGAGGGACGCCGCCUCCCGCCGCCCCCCGCCGCCGCCCCCCGCCCGCACCCUGCUCUCCCCGGAGCAGUUCGUGUCGGCGGCGGGGGGCGGCCCGGUCGAUUACGACAGCCUGUCGCUGGAGCUGUUCAUGCUGGGCUAUUUCCGCAUCUUGGAGCAGGAGCUGCCCCCCGAGGAGCGCCGAGGCCGCCACCUGCUCUGUUUCGAGGUGUUUGAGCAGCUGGGCCGGCACGGCUGGCGGGCUGUGCGCGCCUUCCACCGCGCCGUCAUCGACGAGAUCGCGGCCGGGCGGCGCGGCUGGCGCGACGGCUUCGACGACAUCAAGGCUCGGUUCUUCGGGUCYCCGCGGAGCCCGGCCCAGCGGCGGGGGCAGGCCCGGGACGAGGGAGAGGAGAUCUGCCGCUACAUCGACCGCAGCUUCGCCUUUUGGAAGGAGAAGGAGGCCGAGAUCUUCAGCCUGGAGGAGUGAUGCCGAAGGGGCUGUGGAGGCCGCGGGCUGCAAUAAAAACUUUCUCGGUUCUGUCCCAGCUGAGCGAGGCUUUCCGGGGCGGUGAAGAAAGCUGCUGAGCUGGGCGGGCCGCCGCAGCACCCCAGCCUCCCCCUGUCCCAGGGCGGGUGUUUCAGGCCGCCGAGUGAGAUAACAGCCUAUAUUUACAGCGGCUCCGGCGGUCCAAG